CGAUGGUUUCAGUGGUAAACAUCAGUGCAGGGAGGCAAAGCGGCAUGAAUAAACACUCCAGAGAUAUAAUCAUCGUGUAAAAUGUAAGCAGUUCUUACAAGACCGUCUGUUGGAUAUGUUAUCACGCCAUAAAACAUCCAUUACUCAACUACAUCGCGCUUAUUAAAUCCUAUAUUUAGGUUUAUCAGACGUUAAAGACGCUCGCGACAUUGCGAAGGCUGUUAAACGAUACUAAUGGAAAGGAGCAUGUAGUUCGUUUGCAGGAUGUCAGUGUGAGGGGGGAGUUUUGCGGCUGCUUUAGAGAAACGGAGGCGCUUUUAUAAAUAAAUAAAGAUGGUUCUGUCUUUGGUGAACCUGUGCGCCCGGGAGGUGGUGAGCGAUCAUAGCUCUUCGCCCUACUGGCUGAGUUGUGUGCCCAGAGAGCUAUACCGAGCCCUGCUUGACGCCGCCUUCACCCACUGUCGUCCUCUGGCCGUCGGCGAGCUCGUCCAGCGGUGGCCUGAGCGAAUACUGACCGCUGGAGGCAGCAGAAGAGUGGGACAGUCCCAGUGUCCUCCAAACCGCCUCUGCGUUCAGGCUCUGCUGCUGGCAGUGGUCAGAGGACUCUCGGAUAAGAGGUGUUGCCUGCAGGUGUUGGAUCUCAAUGGACUUCAGUGUGAGGAUGUGAGGGUUGAAGACUCGAUGGGAGGCUGGUCGCUCACUGUCGCCCUUUGCUCCAUGGUGCUACAGGCUCGAGCUGCUGCCUCCAGAGCUCACAGGAGAGACGGAGAACGAGAGAGAAAAAGAGGCCUGGAGGCAGAACGUGAACGAGGAGCCAUCAAACGAGACCGGGGUACAGUGGAAUGCGGGAAUACCAGUGAAGGGAAGCAUGAAGCAGUACAGAAGAUGGAGUGCAGUAGUAACCAAACAACAUUACCAGAAGAGUCUGUGAAGGGUGUCAGGAGGAGGAUGGAGAUCCUGAGGAGAAAGACUCAAUGUGAAGUUAAACCAAACACCAGCGGAAAUAAUGCUAGGUUGUGUGAACAAGACUGGGAGGAUGUAGUUGUGGUUCAUAUUAGGGCUGAUCUUUUUGUCAAUUGCCGUUCCUGGGAGCGCGUACGGGAUGCUCUUAGUCAACCAGGCCCAAUACGGCUCCAUUGCCGCUAUCUUCGCGUAGAGGAGCUCUCUGCGUCCUCCAUAGCUACUUUAUUGGGUCUCUUGCCUCAGCAGGAUCUCCUUGGUGUGGACAUCCGCUACUCCAGCCUCGGGGUGUCAGGUUUGGCUAUGUUACUUCCACUUUUAGCUCCCUUCCCUCAGCUUCACUCUCUCAGACUGCAUUACUGUAACUUGGACUUGCAACGCACCCAGCCUGGCCAGCAGGGGGCACUCCAGGACAUGUGUAAAGGGCUGAGUUCACUGAAAAAACUCAAGAGAUUAUGCCUGACCGCUCUCCGACUGCCAGGACACCUGCGUCUGCUGCUCAGUUCUCUCUCCCAGCCUCUGGAGGUGCUUGAGCUGCCGUACCUGUGCCUGACCUCAACAGACCUGGCCUAUCUGUCCUGCAGCCAGCAUGCUUCAACCCUGAGAGAACUGGACCUGAGUGAGAACUGGCUGGAUGAUUCCUCCCUGCCGUCAUUGCGCCGUCUCUUAGGUCAAGCCGAAAACUCUCUCAGCCAGCUCUCUCUGUGCGGUUGUGGUCUCUCCGAUGCUCUCCUCGGAGCUCUUCUCCCCUCGCUUUCCUGCUGUCGAGUUUUACGCAGCUUAAGACUGGCCCUAAACCCGCUCUCUAGGACAGGACUUGUUUCUCUGGCCCGAACGGCAGCUGGUAUUCCUUCUCUUCGUCUGCUGCUGUAUCCCAACCCGCUGGAGGAAUACGAGGCUGGUCUGCCAGCUCUGCCCUCCAGUGCUCAGCUGCUGGACUGGCCUCUGCUGGAGGAGCCCGAGAGCCGCCAAUUAACUCUGAGGAUGCUGGAUGAGGUUUUGAGUUCGAGAGGACGCUCUCGAGACCUUCUUGUGACCUCUGACCUUUUAAACUAUAGUCCAGAUUUGGCUGUGGAGGAUUAAAAAGUGAAUGCAUCAAGAGUUCUUACAGUUAUAAUAAGUUCUUGACUAUCCAAACAAGUACUUUCACAUAAUGUUUUAACUAAUGUUGGAGAAUUUAAUCACAGCCGCAUUUUAAACUUACCUCUAAGCUUUAUACACACAAUCCGGUAAAAGGGCUGGCUAGUGGAAACCUUUGCAAUAUAUUGUAUGCAGCUUGUCAUAUGUAAUGAUUUUGAGUUAUGUUUGCUUUUUGCACUAUACUUUACAGAUGGUCUUAUUGCCUUAAAAGGAUAGUUGGUGAUAGAUAGUCUUAUUGCCAAAAAGGAAAAAAUUUGUUAUCAUUUAAUCAUCCUCCAUUUGUUCCUGUGUGAGUUUCUUCUGUUAAUCAUGAAUGAAGAUAUCAUGAAGAAAGCUGCAGAAAAUAGCCCUUUUUUUGUUCCUACUAUGGAUGUCAAUGGCUGUUUUUUUCCCCCCAACAUUGUGCACACUAUCUUGUUUUGUAUGGUCAAUAGAAGAAAGAAAGCUUAGAAUCAUUUGUGUGUGAGCAAAUGAUGAGGACAUUUUUGAUGCGUGAACUAUUCCACGUUAAUAACACCAAGGACAUCUCUUAAUUUUGUUUUGCAUCAUGAAACCAUUUUAGGAUAACAACUUUAAACAAAGAAGCCCUUUCACACCAAAAUAUUAAUUUCUAUCCAGAUUUCAUGUAGCCAAUAAGAUCUCGCAUAGUCAUUCAGGUUCCAAAAGUAUCCUUGAAUCAAUAUUUUAAUAUAGCAACAAAGCAAUUACAAAAUGGCGCCUGUUAAGCUGUAAUAAUCAGUAGGUGAGGUGACUUUGUUACCUAAUUUUCCGAUGUCAGAAUGAUGGUUGUGUUUUAAACGUUGUCAUUUCCAUAAUUUUCAGCAUGUGAUUUAGAAACAGACAUCAGUUUGAAAUCGCUGACAACAUUAGAAACUUCAUACUGGAUUAUUGGCGUUCUCCGAUUUUCUUCGUAUGUUAUCACUAGAGGUCAGUGUCGCCCAUAUAACAAAAUUAGUACCCGUGAAAUGAACAAUCAUUGAUAUCAAUUUGAUUUACAAAGGUAUUGACAUUGUUUCACUAUUUUUAAACUAUAUAUCAAACAUAAUUUUUUUCAAGCAUUAGCAGCAGUCAAGCCAUUUUCUGAUACUGUCAUCCAUCUUAGGGGCUAAAAUGGUGAUAUUAGGUUACAGAAUGCUCAGGAUUGUUUCCAUUGCGUUUGCAAUUUUUGUUCUCCAAGGCAUGUUUUAGAUAGGGUUGGUCUGUAUUUGGUCCUGUCUGAGACCACUUUGAAAUGACUUCCCUAAUGCUCAAGAAGCUGUUCUGUCAAUUAUGGGUGUCACUGUUUUUUGCAUGGACUUGUGAAGCCAACAUGGUGCGCACUGGCUGGCCCUAAGGACUUUUCUGCAUUAUAUUUAUAUAUAAAAUUGAAAAAACGA